AUGCUCGAGCCUAUAUUCAACAGGAGACAGUUUGUCGAUUUUGCUGAAACGGUGGCGUCUUCGAGCAAGACUGGUGGUUCGGAACCAGUGGCCUUUGUUUCUGGAAACCCAUUUGUGGAAGUUACCAAAGGAAUACUACAUCUUUACAAAGAAAACGAACUGACCUCCAUGGAAGACGAGGCUCAAAGAUCAGAACAAGUGUGUUUAUUGGCUGUGCCCUCGUCCGUCAGCUGCCAAGAUUUGUUAGCUUUCACUGCAGCAUGCCACGAGGACAUGAAACACUUAUUGAGAAUCAUUCGACCCGAAGAUUCCUCAGCUUCGCUCAACCACUACAUGGCAGUGAUCGAAUUUCAAUCUCAGGUGGCUGCUGACGAGUUAUAUCGGACCUUCCAUGGAAUUCCUUACAGUUCACUAUCUGACAACGAGCUUUGCAAUGUUCUAUUUGUCUCUGGGGUGGAGGUUGUCCGGGAAGGGGAUUGCGUGGACCCACCUCCAGGCCACACAGAACUGCCCACUUGUCCAGUGUGUUUAGAAAGGAUGGACGAGUCUGUUGAUGGGAUUUUGACCAUUCUUUGCAACCACUCAUUCCAUUCCAACUGUCUUGCCAAAUGGGUGUAUGCGACGUGUCCUGUCUGCCGCUAUGUGCAGACUCCGGAGGCUGUGGACAACAAGUGUUUUGAAUGCCAGUCGGCUGAUUCGUUUUGGAUUUGUCUGAUUCGUGGGCAUGUAGGCUGUGGAAGAUACGUACAAGGGCAUGCUUCUCAGCACUUUUUGGAGACGCAGCACUGCUACUCAAUGCAAUUAGGAAGCAAUUGAGUGUGGGACUACGUCGGAGACAAUUUUGUCCACCGACUUCUCCAAAAUAAAGAUGAUGGAAAAAUGGUCGCUGUUGGCGCAGACCAAGAGGGGCGUUCUCCUGAUAACCGGGGGCUGGAGAGGAAAAGGUUGACUCUUUGCAGUUGGAGGUCACUUAUAUCUUUUUACAAGUCAGCUGCAGUCUCAGCGGGUCCACUUUGAGGACAGAAUGAUCAGACUACAGCAAGAAGUUCACAACGAGAGACGAGAGGAGCUUCGGGAGAGAGUUGAUAAGUUGUCGGAGGAGAACCAGCGUUUGAAGAAGCAAGUUGACUCACUCAAGAAAGAUUAACAAACUCAAGAGAAAAAGAUCCAAGCAUUGAAUGCAAAACUGUCUACUACAAAAAGUGAGCUGCAACAGGAAGUUAGCAUGAGCCACGGAAUGCAGCAAAAUCAGAGCGCUUGGCAAGAGAAGUUCAGUGCCCUGGAGUCCUAAUUCAACGAUUAUCAGAACAAUAAGGAGAAUUUUGUGGUAGAAUUUCACGAUCGAGGGUUGAUUCAUGGAACUGACUGAUUUAAAGGAGCAAUUACGAGAUGUCAUGUUUUUCUUGGAGGGAGCAAAACCAGAUUUCCCAGUCCGAACUGAAGGACGAAAUCUCUGGAGGGCAAAUCGUUGUGCCAGACCCACAGUCUGAUGCAAGCGCUUCUGGGUCUAAAAGUCGCAGAAAGAAGCACCGUUAGUAAUGACAUUUCCAAGGGUCUUUAAACUUCAAAUAGCGUAUGUACUGUACUCCCAAUGAAUGCUGCUUUGCAGUGAUGGAUCGAGCAAUUUCUUGUUUCCUCAAAAUUAUCUGUCAGUGUUGUUGUUUGAGAAGAGAUUUAACUCUUGAAGUGCGUUAAGUAAUACUAACUAACCAUUUGCAAGACUGGAAUCCGAGACUACUUUUUAAGCUAUUCUAAAAUUAAGAAUAUCUCGUUUUACAAAUUUUUAGGGCAAAGUCUGCACCCUCGCAUCAUUUCUGAAGGAUUUGAGAUUUGACCUGACCUGCCAGAAGGCCAUCAACAGCAUCAAAAUUACCAUGGAAUGCCUCGCAGGAGUCUCAAGAACCGCCCUCUCAGAAUUGAACUCCACUCGUCAGGCAGGUCCAUUUAGCAAAUUUGCAUCGAUGGAGUUUUGAGCAUCUACAAGAAAGACUUGACUUCCUCCCGGUUGAAAUCAUGGAGAUGCAGCACAAAAACAAAUUGAGCACAAAAUUGGUCAAGCUAAUUGUUAUGAACCACUUGCAUGGCACCCGGACAUGCCCAAGCGAGUCACCGAUGCAUUUAUUUUCACUUGCAAUGUGUCUAUGGAGGUGCGAGAUGACCAUGAACGCUUGUUGGCAGCCAAAACCCAAAACAGCUUUGGCCAGACAAAACGAGAGGUUCUCCGUGCUGCAGGCUCAGGUGGAAGUGAGAGUGGCUGAUAAGAAACGACAUGAAGACCAGAUUGGAGGCAACUCUGCGCCAUGAUCAGGAGAGAGCCAUCGAGCAUGACAGAAUUGAAAACCUCUUAUCCAAUGCCAAAGCUAAGGUAUUGAGAUAUUAAUUAAAUAAUUAAAACAACAUUUUUGUUGGAAAAUAAGAGUUGUAUUUUUGUAAUUUGUCGGGAGAAGACAAGUUUACAUUUGUCCAGGAGUGCAAGAAUCCUCAGAAAAUGACCAAUCUUAUGAUGGGCUUGAGCAAGCACUUGCUUGUGCAGACGAAGGACGCCGUCUUGGAACAACAGUUUGCAUUGUGCGCUCUCAUCCACUCUUACUUUCCUGCACUUGUUCGGUACAACACACUUGUGCCCACUGAAAGAGGAAAAACUUCUCAGUCGCGUUUUCAGCGGCUGAGAGUUACGGCAUUUGUACGACUUUGAGUAUUGUGGAGAUGACCCACAUGGAGCGACCAGAUUGGCAGCAAGUUAUGGAAUACAUAUAUGACGGAAGUCUAUAAACACUUUGAAACUUAAGUUUAACUCUUAUCUCUCUACUCGUACUGUAUGUCCACUACUUUUAAGUAUUAAAUAUUUGCAAGAAACUUCAUCUUAUUUAUGUGGAAAAAAAUCACGUACCUUUUAUGUUAGUCCUUAGUAAAAUAUUGUCGCAAGCCAGGGUGGAAAGUUCUCUUGAAAUGAACCGUCAAAUUCGUCCAAGUGUAGAUCUCGUCCAAGGUACUGGCAUUAACUUCAUAUGGAACUAAAGACUGCUUUUUUUAUAUCGUAAGCUUUAGAGUUGUUAGAUAAUCAUUAAAUAAUAUUAUAGACGUCGUGUGAUUUUAUUGUAUUUUAAUUAACCUGUGCUUUUCAGAAGUUUUGCUAAAUUAUAAAAUCAAAUUAUAAGUUGAAAAAUUGAAACUGGACAAACCUCAUUGCAAAAAAAUUAUAAAUGACAACUGACCUGGUACCAACAGACCGCAUAUAUAGGUCGCCUUUUGGGGUCAAAUGUCUUUUAUUUUUGCAUUGAGAUUUCAAUUUUUCAUGAAAUCUACGGGUUACCAUUCAAAUUAAAAGUUAUUUCAACAAAAUCAUAUCAUGUUACUUGUAUAGCUGCCAAGCAAAUUAACGAGCACCUGCCGAUGAGCUUUCGAGCUCAGCUGGACUUAAAUCGUAUAAAAAAUAAAUAUCUU